AUGGCCCAACCUCCAAAUCAACUUCCGACCCUCGCAAAGCAAAGCCUAACAACCCUCCCAUCCGAACUUCACAUCCAAAUAACCACCUACCUCUCCUACCCAGACGCACUGGCCCUAAAACACACCUCCCGCCAUUUCUACCGCCUAGUCUACACAGGCGUGCAUUUAAAAGUCAACUGGCUGGUCGAGCGCUUCGAGCGCAAACUAGAGUGCCCCAUGGAGCAAUGCUCAUUCCGCACAGACGAGUCGUUCUGUAAUUGGCGCAUUCGGAGGAUCAUGGACCGCCGCCGCCGCCAUUUGGAAUGUCGCGCCACCAGGGAUCUAUACUUCGUCAUCAAUAAGAUCAGCACAUCACGCAAGGGCAGCAAUGACCCGUUGUUGAUAGCUGAGAACCUGAUCUAUCACUGA